CACGCGAUUGCUAUCGUUCACCAGAGAGCUAUAGGGUUAUUCCUUUAGUUUGAGUUGUACCACCCGUCGGCGCGCCAACGCUUGCGCUCUCUUCUUCAUCUUCUUCUUCUUAUAGAAAAAGAAAAAAAAAAAGGAAUAGAAAAAAAAAGUUGGCAAAAAACCACGAAUAGUAUUAGUGCGCCUAGCAAAUGUCAACAUACUCGCGAGCUUUUAAAAUUCUUAAUAUACCUUUUGCCGGUUAUAAUCACAUAGCUUUUCUUUCCUAUUUUUAUAAUUAACACACAUUUGAAAACGUUUUGAAAAAAAAAAUCAAAAUACGAUACAGGAGAUAGUGCAAAAUUUAAAGUGACAAGUGCCUUAUUUUAAUAAAAGAAAAAAACUUAAUUAACUUUUUCAUCUUGAAGAAGAAAAAAAAAAUCAUAGAAUAUUUCUUGUGUCAACGAUCUUCGAAGUGUUGCUCUUUAAUUAUUUUUUUUUCUCCCCAUGUGUAACGGCAAAACUGACUCAAAUGUGAUUUGUUAUUAAAAUCAACCAACUAUUCUGAAAUUUUCUCUUCUAAUUGUCUUCUAAUUACAAAUUUUCCAAACGAUAUGGCGUCUAACAUAAAAUACAACGGAGGGCUAUCAUGUCGUCAGGUUUUAAAUAUAAUGGUGAUAUUUGGAUUUAUGAUCAACUACAUGCUUCGAGUAAAUUUGACAAUUGCCAUGGUCGCUAUGGUUUAUCCAACUACAAAUAAAUCACAUUCCAAUACAACGCUAGAAAAUGUUAAUACAUUUAAUAAUACUGUCAACAUUCCAAAAAUUAAUUCUACUUACGAAACUCCUAGUCAGUUAGAAGGAAGAGAACAAACGAAAUAUCAUUGGAAUGAAUACGAGCAAAAUUGGAUAUUCGGUAGUUUUUUUGCCGGUUAUAUUUUGACAGAAGUACCAGGCGGUAGAAUGGCUGAACUUUUUGGUACUAGAAGAGUUUUUGGAUAUAGUAUGCUAUUUUCUAGUUUAAUUACACUAUUGACACCGGGAGCGGCAUCACUUGGUUUUGCCUUUGUCGCUGCCUUACGAGUACUUUUAGGAUUCUUUCUGGGUGCCACGUGGCCAGCAAUUCAUCCAAUGACAGCUGUUUGGAUUCCACCAAAUGAGCGCAGCAAAUUCGUAUCGAAUAUGAUGGCUUCCGCCCUGGGUGCUGCUAUCACAAUGCCAAUUUGUGGAUAUCUCAUUGCAUCCCUUGGAUGGCAAUCUGUUUUCUAUGUUACCGGAGGAAUUGGAUUUAUCUGGAGUCUAACGUGGUUUUUCCUCGUUUUUGACUCACCGGCACAGCAUCCACGAAUUUCUGACAGUGAGAGACGAUUCAUCGAGGAAUCAAUUGGAAAUACAUCCACAAAAAAGCAUCAUGCCGUGCCAUGGAAAGCAAUUGUAACAUCAGCUCCGGUCUGGGCAAUUGUUAUCACUCACGUUUGCAGUGUCUUUGGUUAUUUCACGGUUGUAAACCAAUUACCAACCUACAUGAAGAAUAUUUUACAUUUCAACAUUAAAGAGAACGGACUCCUUUCCUCAUUGCCAUAUUUGGGAAAAUAUCUAUUUGCUCUCUCGAUGUCAACACUCGCUGACUAUUUAAGACGAACUAAUAGAUAUUCAGUUACUUUUAUUCGAAAGGCCUUCACAACUUUUGCCGUAAUGAGCCCUGGUCUUUUGAUGAUACUUCAAGCAAAUUUGGGAAAUGAUCGAGUGACAUCUGUGACUAUUUUCACAUUAGCCUUGACAUUAAAUGGAGCAGUGACUGCCGGUUAUCUUGGAAAUGGUCUCGAUAUUGCACCAAAUUUUUCUGGAACAAUAUUUGGUAUUGCAAAUACUCUCAGUUCAUUGGGUGGUUUUCUCAGUACAUAUAUGGUGGGAAUUAUAACAAAUGAAAAAUCUGGUACAUUUGCACAGUGGCGAAUUAUUUUUUAUAUUCUAUCGGCAACUUAUAUAAUUGGUGCAAUUGCAUUUGCAAUUUUUGGUACGGGCAAUUUACAAAAAUGGAAUAAUCCCGAGGAAGAGGAAAUGGAGAAAAAGAAGCCAAAAUUAGAAAUUGAAAAUGAUAAUGAAGAAACAUUUCCUCUUAAAAAUCAAAAUAAUGUGUGAUAGAAUAAAUUUUUAGGGAUUUUAUGAUUAAAUUUUUUUUUAAAAAGAAAAUAUUAAUUUUUUCUUUUUGAAACACAAUAAAAGAACAUCAUAUUGACUAAUUAAUUAAAUUAAUUAAUAUGACUUGACUAAUUAAAAAAAAAACGAUGAAAAAAUUAAAUCGGAGAAAGUAGAUAAAAAGGUGUUCAUUUUUAAAUUAAAUUAAUAUAUGACACGAAAAGAUGAUUUUUUUCGCUAUAGUAUUUCACAGUAGACAAAAAUAGAAAUACGCAGAAAUCAUGACCAUCAUAUUUUUUUUUUUUUUUAAAGCAAAUUUUUUUAAAAUUGAUUCAACAAUUUUUUAUAUAAAACAUUGUUAUAAAAAUAUUUUAAAAAUAGACUAAUACAAUUUUUAUCCAAUUUUUUAAAGUUUGAAUAUUAUUUCUAUGGAAAAUUCGCUUUAAAAAAAAUAAUCGUACUGUUUUAUAAAAAAUAUUUUCUUUUAUUAUUAUUUUCUUUCUAGUGUAAGUCAAUUCUGUACAAAGACAGUGAAUUUAAAAAAAUAAUUUACUGUGAUAAUAUUAAUAUAAUUAAAAUAAAUUAGAACACUUAAAGAAAAUUUGACAUAAAUGUUGAUAAUUAUAUAUUGUUUUCUUUUUAACGAAAGAAAAUACUGCAAAAAAAAAAUUAUAAUUCAAGAUAAUAAAAAUAAAUAAAUUUUCAAUAUUUCUUGAAGUGUUCUAAAUUAAAUUGUAAAUUUAGUGCUGCAUCAGCACUUAAAGAAAAUGUUAUUUUAGGCAUAAAACUCGCAUGGAAAGUUCAAAGUACAUACAAUGUUUGUUUUAAUAUUAAUGAUAAAAAUCAUAUACGAUUUGCAUAUCAAAUUUUUAUAUUUAUAUUUUUUUCAUAAAUUUUUUUAAAAUAUUUAUAAUAAUUUAAUUAAACAAUUUUUUUUCAAUUUUAAAAGUUAUAGUGACAAAUAAUAAGAAAAAAAAUUUUUUUCUUUUAUGAUCAAUUAUUUAAAAGAAAAAACUUUUUUUGAUAAAUUAUUUUUGAACUUUCUUUUGGAAUUUUAUGUUUUUUUUAAAAUAUAAUCCAAUAAAGAAAAGUGAUCUGAUGACAAAAAAUGAUCACGUAAAUACAUAGUAUUAUUAGCAAAACUAUUUGAUGUAUAGUUCGUCUGGAAAUACUGAUUUGUGACUUUUAUGCGAGAAUUUAUAAUCAAACUCGAUAAAUGUUGUAACUGUUGUAUAAAUUAUAAAUAAAUUAAUUGAAAGUAAAUUUAAAAUUAAUUCGAAUUAAAUUUAUAAUUAAUUGAAAGUAAGUUUACAAUUAAUUAGCUAAUUAAAUAAAUUUACAGCAAUAGUUAAUUGUAAAUUUACAGUAAAUCAAUUAAACGUACAUUAGAAAAAAUUUCUUAAUUAUUUUUUUUAAACAAACAAAAAAAAGAGUUUGAUUUUUUCUUGACAAAUUUUUAACUAAAAAGUCAUUAGUGACUUUUUCUUUAAGAAAAAAAAAAUAUUUCAACAUUUUGAAUAAAUUAAUACGAAAUAAUUUUAAAGUAUGUAAUUAAAAAUUAUUAACUAAUAUUAUAGUAAUAGUAAUUUAAAUAACUUUAUGUUAAGCUUGCACGUCAGUAACAUCGUGAAAACUGAAACAAAACCAAAGUUGUGAUAUGUUUACAAUUAGUACCAACAAUGAUAAUUAGCUAAUAUUGAAAAUAAAUAAUAAGCAAUUUUUGUAUAAAACGUAAAUUUAAAAAUGUUUAUGUUUCCGUGAAAAAUAUGUGUAUAAUAAAAAAUAGAAAAAGAGAGAUUUUUAAUUUUCAAAAAAAAAAAAAAAAAAAAUAUGUGAAAAUAAAAACAAUUUUCUUCCGAUGUCCUGUUCACACAUUUAUAAGUUAAAUAUUUAAAUAAAUUAUCUAUUUUUAAGUAAA